UUAGAUAAUAAAUUGUCGUUGUUUCUGAUACUCCCUUUGAAUCAUUUUUGGUGAAACAAUGUCGAAGCCAUUGGAGAGAUACCAAACACUGGGCUUCGCAGACUCAUUCCCGAGAAUGCACCGCUACCCAAUUAUCUGUAAAGAGCUUAGCCUCAUUAUCAGAUACGCUUACUCUAAAUUGCCCAAGAAUUUACAAGCCCUAAUCCUCCAAGACACCCUCACCGCCUUUCGUCUCCUUCCUGGAAUGCAGACGCGUACGGCCGUUUCUGCAGCUCAUCUUCUCUUUCAGAGCGCCGACGCUGCGUUGCCAAAGCAGAAGAAGAAUUUGGCUGUGACUGAAUUCAAACAUGCCAUGGUUGCUCAUAGGAGGCGCUGUAAAGCCCGCCAGGAAGAAAAAGUUUCAGGUUCUGCCCAGCUGCCACAAGAUGUUCUUGUUCAUGUCUUCAGUUUCCUUGAUAUGCCAUCGUUAAUUUCUGUUGCUCAAGUCAGCUGGUCGUGGAAUCUGGCAGCAAGUGAUGACCAGCUUUGGCAUGCCCAAUAUGUUUCAAUUUUUGGGAAUGCUCAUAAUAAUAGAUUGGAGAUUAGUGGGAAGAAAAGAUUAGAGGUUGGAGUUAAGAAGAAUGUUUCAUUACAGAAAGACAUGGUAACUGGAUCAAGCAUUCACUGGAAGGAAGUCUUUAGAAGAACAUAUAGAGGCUCCUUAAAGAAAUUAACAUCUAGUAGGGGAUACUGUGGGAACUGCACAACGAUAGUUUGGCUCGAAAACAUGAAAUGUUCAAAUGAACAUUGUCGAUUAUCAUCAGAAAAUCAUGAUAAUCAGCGAGUGAAGCCCGUGUCCUCUCAUCAGGUUGUCGAGUACAUUUUAGAUGAUUCAAUAACAAUUUUAUCCUCUUUGGAUUCGGAUAGCGACAGUGAUGCAGAGGAGGCUUCAGGGUCAAUGUCUAGGUUAUGGGCUUAUCCGAAACUAGGGUGCAGCAGCCAACAACCUUCAGCAUAGAAGCAAAUCAGCAUACUUAGGUUAUAGGAUGCUUUUCUGACUGGAUGUAUGGUUUGUAUGUAACAAGAAAAAAAAAAUUAUAUCAUUUUUACCAAAUUGUACAAGAAAUAUGUGUAUAUUUGUUCUCAACUUGAAGUUGAAAACUAGUAUGGAAGAUCCAUCUUUAAGAUGCUGUAUAUGCGGAAUAAAAGUUCCAACUUCUUUGUUUGUAGAUCACAAUAACUGUGAUUUGUGAAAUGCUAUUAAGAGAGUGCUAAUGAAACUUUUUAUUGCAUUUCA